AGGAAGAAGAGAUGGCAGUGCCCGGCUGACUCCCUGCCAUGCCAGGCCAGCUCACCCUCCGCACACUCUGGCGCGUCUUUCUCCCUUGGGCAUUCGCAGUCAUCCACAGAGCUCUGGGGGACCCAGCUACAAGGUGCGCUGGAGCAAGGUGGAACCCGGAGAGCUCCGGGAGACUGUGAUCCUCAUCACCAACGGGCUGCACGCGCGGGGCUACGGGCCCCUGGGAGGCCGCGCCACCAUGCGGAGGGGGCACCGGCUGGACGCCUCCCUGGUCAUCGCGGGCGUGCGCCUGGAGGACGAGGGCCGCUACCGCUGCGAGCUCAUCACCGGCCUCGAGGACGAGAGCGUGGCGCUGACCCUGAGCCUGGAGGGUGUGGUGUUUCCCUACCAACCCAGCCGGGGCCGGUACCAGUUCAAUUACUAUGAGGCUAAGCAGGCGUGCGAGGAGCAGGACGGACGCCUGGCCACCUACGCCCAGCUGUACCAGGCUUGGACAGAGGGUCUGGACUGGUGCAACGCGGGCUGGCUGCUCGAGGGCUCCGUGCGCUACCCCGUGCUCACUGCGCGCGCC